UGGGAUGGCAGAAUCUGAGAUGGCAGCUCGCAGAUCUGGCGGGGUCGGCUGGCACGUGAUGGCCGGGGAGCGAAAGGGGGCGUUGUGGUUGCUUGUCGAAGCAGCUACGCCCAAGCUUGGCCACCGACCGUCUCCCACAACGGUUUGUAUCCGGCCUCCAGCCGCCCUCCCGCCACGACCCGCAAACCCAAGCCACGCGGCCCCUGGUAUAUGCCUGGCCGCUCUCGCAGCUCGAGGACGUGCUUUACCCGCUAGGGCACUGGUCGGAAUCAAGACGGAGGGCGUUCUUUUAGCAUCGCCAAGCGAAGGUGACCCUUGCGCUCCGGGCGACAGACAUGCCUGGAACGACUUCAGACCGCUCUUCGACGCACUCGCCGGCUUCCGUGGUGUCCACGCCCGCAUGGGCUCCUCCACGCGCUCCGCUCCCUCCUCACCGUCUCGCGAAGCUCGCAAACGCCUUGGGCGUGCCUACGCCCUUACCCGCAGGGCAUGCGUACACGGUCUCACUCAGCACACCGCCCUGGCCAAGCUCGUCAACAUCCCCUUCAUUCUCUGAUCACUUCAGAAGAUCCCCCACUCCGUCCGCAGCAUCUGUACAAACCUAUACAUCCUCAGCCUCCUCUACCAAGUACCUCCUUCAUGUCAUCCCACCCACUCAUUUGCCCCAUGAAUCUGACGCUGUGGACGACUCCGAUCUUUUGCCCCCUCCUUCUGGUGCGUCCGGUUACCACACGCAGUUUCGCCGCGGCGUGCUCGUCCCCGUCUAUUCCACGCUGGCAAGUCAGCUUGCAGCCAUAGCGAAGGAGUACGCAUUGCCCAGCACCGCAGGUCUCAUCCUCUACCUUGUCCUCAGCUCCGACUCUUCGAAACCGGACGUCGAACUGGAGCUGGAGGAGCCUGGUCCUCGAAUAUCCGAGGACAUCUGGAGGCAUAUAUGGCACCGUGUCGUUAAGGCGGACAGAGAAGAUUCCUUGUCCCCCGGACCACGACAACUGGGCUUGGGCAUGGGUACUACUUCACCCGCAUCGCCCUCGCUCAUCCAAGAGGUCGCAUCGACGUCUCUGCGACCGCUCAUGUCGCCACGGAGGAUAGAAGUACCGUCACCACAACUGCCCAUGACGCCUUCGCCAUCCACCGCGUCACAGUCCGUGUUCUCGUCGCAGUCCGAGCUGGAAACGCCGGAGUCAAUGUCAUCAGUAUCUGCAGGUCCUGACGGCCCGCACGACGAGCUUCCUCUCCCCGGUCUCCGUUCGCCUGCGCUGAUUCCCAUCCUUGCGAAGGUCGAGUUUGACAUCGAUCGGCGGAAAGCGAGUUGGUAUGAGCCUUGGGUGCGGAAUCGAAGGGCUAGCCAUGCGAAACGCUCAGAGUCGCGGAAGAAGAAAGGGUUGAGAGUGGAUGGCGACGAUGACAGUACAGAUGCAGAGAGCAGGAGGGCACCGUAUGACCUUACCAUCGUCGAGCGGAUGCACGAUGGCCGUCCGGCCUUCCUUCGUGAACGGGAUGCUCUGGCCGUAGAGGGCUAUGCCCAGCUGGACGACACAUCGGACAUCGAGGACGCAAAUACACGGGUCGGCGCACCAGGCGGCGACCCCCUCCUCGAUGUCUUCGGGCCAGACGAGGAUACCUGGGCAGACAUGCAGGCGAAGCGCCAGCGACGCUCGGCCAACCCAAACGUCCUCGACCUCGCUCUAGACGGCUCAGCACUCUCGGCACUCCGGGACGACCUCGAGGACGACCGCGCGGCGUCGGACGACGAGGAUGAAGUCACAGAGCUAUGGAACUCGCGCUCCCGUCCUGCGCUCGUCGUGUCCAUACCGUCACCGCCGUCUACGGGCAAGCGACGCUCGUCGCCUACCACUGCGGGCGCCGGCAAGCGCGCCCCACCCCCUCCUCUGACUCUUGUGCCUGCUAAGAACGAUGGGCUUGUGGUGCAGGAUAGCCCGAAGGAGGGGAGUAGCCCUGGAAGCGUGCGCCUUGCAUACCUGGAUGGUGAUACGCCUCAGGAGGCAGAGAGCGAUGUUCCGCCGCAGGUGGGCAGGAGGGUGCGGAGUCCAGACCAGGAGAAGCGCGAUGGAGCGUUCUUUGAGGAUCUCGACCUUGGUUUGACCGUUGAGGAUGAUGAGUUUGACGAAAAUGACCCUAAUGACCGGAGACGGAGUCAGUUCCUUAUGAAGCAACAGCUUGACGAGCUCGAGAAGAACCUUGUCCAGCUGUCACCGAGACGACUGCAAACCGAGUCUUUCGAAGAUUCUCCGACCCGAGGGCUGUACUCUGCUACACUCUCCCCGCCAAAAUGGAACUCUCCAUCACCAUCAAGACUGAACCUCAGUACCACAAGUGAACCGACAACAGCCCAUGAAGGUGCUACAUGGCCUGCCGUUCCGUACUCGGCUGCGAACACGACAGGUGUUUUCAAUGCAGUUGAGAGCGCGUCUCCCGCGCAGGGAAAGGGACCUUCCCCUUCGCCUCCACGAAUAGCAUUCAACGGUGUCUCCACCGAACCGCCGAAAGGAACAGUCCUGCCUCGCUCGCGCUCUGGUACCAUCUCGAACGAAAGCCUAGCGCGCCAGCGCGAGGAGGAUGAGCUGUAUCCCCCACUGAUGCCCCCUGCGAUGCUGACACCUGGUCUCAGCGCUGGUGGCGACUCGCCUGUUAUCCCACUGUCGCCGGACCCAUUUGGCAGAUUCCCCUCCGAAGCUGAGGCCACACGCAUCAACGAGGAGCGGGGGAACGAUAAGUACCACGAUGGUCCAUCCAACGGCAGCUCGCGGCCGUCGCUCCCUAGGACGACUUCGUACGACCCGGAGGUCAGGGCAUUGUCGCAGACGCCGUCGAGCCGGUUCUCGCUCGACUCCAUCGCGUCGGAGGAAGAGAGCGAGAAGGGCACGAAGGGCGCGCCGCUGGUGAGCAUGAAGAGCAUCAAAAAGCUGUGGCGCAAGACGAACAGCAAGCUCUCGCUCUCGAGCGCCUCCGUACUCGAGUCCGGGCGGUCUUCGCCGAACGAGCAGGUAUCCGGCAAGCGCAUGUCGCGGACCUCGACGCGCUCGCCGCAGCUGUCCGACCAGAUGGGCGACUCGCCGCCGAAGCUGAGGAAGCGCAAGUCGUCGAUUCGGAGCAUGCAGUUCAUGGAUGCCUCGCGCCAGCCCUCACCUGCGCUCCCCUUGGGCGCCGUGUCGGGCUCUUCUCCUUACCUUCCCCCGAUAUCGUCCUCCCCCUCGCCAAACACUUCACCACAACUGUCGGCCGCUGUGCCUGCUGCUAUCUCGCCUGCAGACAGGAACGGCAGUGUACGCAAGUCCAUCCUCAAGUCGUGGAAGUCGGCAAAUGGGAGCCUGUCAGUGCAGAAUACGCAGGCCGCGUCCUCGUCUUCGCAGAGCACGCCGCGCUCUAGCCAGGAACUGCUCAACAACGACGCCGGGAUGAAGCGUCGUCGGCCGAGCGUUCUCGACGGGUCGAUCGUCGCAGGCAGGCGAGGCUCUGUCCUAUCCUCCGCCACCCUGGUAGAUAUCCCGCCGAGUCCUGCGCUGCCCGAGGAGUUUGCGCAGUCGCAGAUGAAGAAGCGGAUGAGCCAGUCGAACCUGCUCACUGGCGGCAACAACCGGCGCGCGUCGACGCGGCAGCGGCUGAGCCCGAGCAUGUCGUCGAUGUCGACGAUGUCCUCGUCGCCGCCGCGGCAGAACGGGCGGCUCACGCCGGGCGACUCCCCGCCGAAGGGCGGCACGCUCUCGCGGCACUCGGGCGAGUCGAUGGAGAGCCGGCCGAGCUUCGACGCGUCCCAGUUCGAGAUGGUCUCGCCGAAGAUGAACUCGUACAAGACGCUGUCGUACCCGUACCAUGGGCUAGACCAUGAGUGAGGACUGUGUCACGGUGCUAGGUUUAGACUUUGCUACGCUCUCGAAUCCUCGGUGUCGCGCCUGUUGCUUCCUCCUUGCUUCUACUGCUGACUAGUGACGAUUGUCGGCCGCGCUGGCUUGCCCUGACAUUCGACUGCUCUGCGUCUCUGCUUCACCACGUAACCCCAAC